AUCCAGGAUUAGGAGCUGACUGAGCCUUGCUGAGGCCAUUAAUUGCAAGAGAAACAAUGAGGGCUGCACAAGGAGAGGAAGAGGAGGAGGAUAGGAGGAUGAUGAAGGGCAUUGUAAAUCCUGCAUUCCUGAGUGGAGAAGAGGAAGAUGAGGAGAGCCGUGGCAGGCGGAGGAGGGAGGGAGGGGGAGAAAUAGGAGGUGACAGGCAGGAUAGCACCCUCGCCGCUCACCAACAACAAACGGAGCUGGAAGCCCCUGCCAACGCAAGAGGAAAUGAAGGUGCCCGAAAUUACUUUGACCCCUCGGCGGCGGUGGAGGGCGACCCAAGGCGGUGCAGGAUGGUCGGGGUCGGAGCGGGAGAUGAGCUGGAAUUAAAAUUCAUGCACGAGGACGAGCGAGGUCUGUAUGAGAAGCUGUCUCAGAUGCUGAACGAAGAUGAUGCUUCAACCAUCAUAGAUUUGCCUGGUAGUGUUCUGGAGGAGAGGACAGUGGCUAGAGCUUCCAAGCUCCCCCUGGCCGGAUGGAAGGAUCAGUUGCGGGAGCAGCUGGUGGAGAGGAGAGAAGAGGUUAUCCCCCACUAUGUAGAACAGCUGAGAAAACGAGUGCAGGAUGACAUGAUCCCAGUGGGCAGGCCUUCACUGGAACAGAAAUAUGACUCAAGAUGCAUUGCCAGCCACUUCCAUUCCUAG